UGCGGGCGCUAUGAAAUAUCGCGAGAGCACAAGCCCAAAUCAUUAACCUACGUAAUGUGCCGUGCUGCUUCUAGCGGCGCUGGUGACAGUGCUGAAAGCUGUUGGGUAUGAAGUGAAACCUUAAAAUAAUUUUUGUAACAUCCGCAACUGCUUCAAGUUCAGAUCAAAACAAAGAAACUCAAGAGGAACGGCCUAAAAACAAGCAAGAAGUUGCAACUCUCAAUAUACAAAGGUUUGAAAUUAUUCUAAAAGGAUCACUUUGAGGAUUUCCAAAACAGACGCAACCAACCACCAAAGAUACGCUGCUGCCUAUUGGAAUCGCGCCCAAGAGAAGCUGCACGACAGAGCCAAUACUGAGACGUCGGUAACCGAUCUGAAACCAGAAGUUUGUGCCUACUCGACAGCUUUGACAAAGCACAUGUCCCAACGCUGCUCCUAGCCUUCUUCCUCCUCCUCCUCCUCCUCCUCCUCCUCAUCCUCGCCACCAGCUCACCCCGGGGUGUGGAGCGAGCUUCUAUCUUCUCGUUUUUAUUUUCCUCUACGUCCCCUGAAGUCUCUCUCUUUCUCACCCUUGUUUCUUCUCCCUGCUGUCACAUCGCAAUCCCCCCCCCCCUCCCCAAGCAAGUGUUUUUGCACCUGCGUUUGCCUUUUUUUUUUUGCGACUUUUGUUCCAUCUCCUUUUUUUUUAUAUGCCUCAUGCAACUAUCUAGAACUUGUGCCAGAAACCUGUAACAAAAUAAGUGUGUGCGACCGUGUGUGAAGAGAUCUACAGUACAACUGUCCAAUCGUCCAGAACUACAAAGACCCAAGACGCAUAUCGAAGGGCUUGCGAGGGCUCCCCCUACUGUCAGAAAUGGAGCGAGGCAGCUCUGAGCCGCCAGUAGCCCGUAGCUCUGGCUCCGCCCCCUCGACCGACCCGGUACCAAUCCCCCGCUCCUCCUCCCUGUCAUGCCACGCCUACCCAGGAAGUAAAAAGCACAAGCGGACCCCGUUGUAUGAGAGAUCUAUGAGCUUUGACCCGGGCAUGCUCCACAACAACGGCCACACGGCCUUCGCCAACGGCUCGGCGCCCGGUCUGCGGGAGACGGGCGUGGUGGAGAAGCUGCUCACCUCCUACGGAUUCAUCCAGUGCUCCGAGCGCCAGGCCCGCCUCUUCUUCCACUGCUCCCAGUACAACGGCAACCUGCAGGAGCUCAAGAUCGGAGACGAUGUAGAGUUUGAGGUGUCUGCCGACCGGCGCACCGGCAAACCCAUCGCGGUGAAGCUGGUGAAGAUUAAGCCUGAGGUACUGGCUGAGGAACGCAUCGGGGGCCAGGUGGGGCCAGCACCGCACGCCUCUCCCUUUACUGUGCUGCAUGGUUAUAUUCAUCCAGUCGUCUCUGCCAUCCCAACCCACCUGGACGGGAAGGCGGCCCCCGGUCAGGCUCCCACCGGGAGCGUGUGUUACGAGAGAAACGGGGAAGUGUUCUACCUGACUUACACGUCCGACGACAUCGAGGGAAACAUGCACCUGGACACCGGCGACAAAGUCAGCUUCUACAUGGAGACCAACAAGCAAGCUUUGUCCCUUCCUGCCACCAGCACCGGUGCGGUCAGCGCCCACAACAUCCACCUGGUGAAGAAGAAGCAGACACGGUGCCAGGGGGUGGUGUGCGCCACCAAGGAGGCGUUUGGGUUCAUCGAGAGGGCCGACGUGGUGAAGGAGAUCUUCUUCCACUACAGCGAGUUCAAAGGAGACCUGGAGGACCUGCAGGCCGGGGAUGAUGUGGAGUUCACCAUCAAAGACCGCAACGGUAAGGAGGUGGCCACGGACGUGCGGCUGCUGCCCCAGGGAACGGUCAUCUUCGAGGACAUCAGCAUCGAGCAGUUCGAAGGAACCGUCCUCAAAGUGAUCCCCAAAGUGCCCACCAAGAACCAGAACGACCCCCUGCCAGGCCGCAUCAGCGCCCGGAUCGGCUUCGACAAGGAGCUGCUCUUCGGCGAGAAGGACACCAAGUCCAAGGUGACGCUGCUGGAGGGCGACCACGUGCAGUUCAACAUCUCCACCGACCGGCGCGACAAGCUGGAGCGCGCCACCAACAUCGACAUCCUCUCCGACACCUUCGGCUUCACCAAGGAGGCCCGCGAGAUGUGUCCGGCCGGGUCUUGUGUGUUGCAGGGGGUGAUCGCCGCCAUGCGCGACGGCUUCGGCUUCAUCAAGUGCGUGGACCGCGACGCACGCAUGUUCUUCCACUUCAGCGAGGUGCUGGAGGAGAGCCAGCUGCACAUCUCGGACGAAGUGGAGUUCACCGUCGUCCCAGACAUGCUGUCGGCCCAGAGGAACCACGCCGUGCGCAUCAAGAAGCUGCCUAAAGGCACGGUGUCCUUCCACACCCAGUCGGAGCAGCGCUUCAUCGGGACGGUGGACAAGGAGAUCAUGGCCACCACGCCCGCCAAGAACGUCAGCCCCAGCAAGGCCAAGGAGAAGGAGCCAGAGGAGGGUGUGAUUGCAUAUGAAGACUGCGGUGUGAAGAUGACGGUGUUGUACCAUGCCAAGGACCUAGAGGGCAGCAUCUACCCCCAGGCCGGAGAUAAGGUGGAGUUCUCCAUCAACGAGGUGAAGCGCACCGGGCAGCAGAGCGCCGUGUCCAUCAAGGUGCUGAACCGCACGGCCGCCAACGCCAAGCGUCUGCAGGGCUUCGUGGCCACGCUCAAGGACAACUUCGGCUUCAUCGAGACGGCCAAUCACGACCAGGAGAUCUUCUUCCAUUACAGCGAGCUGUGCGGCGACGUGGAGAACCUGGAGCUGGGAGACACGGUGGAGUACACACUGUCCAAGGGCAAGGGGAACAAAGUGAGCGCCGAGAAGGUCAACAAGGUGGCUGCAGUGAACGGCGUGGGCGAGGACGCCGGGGGCGGGGUGAUGCUGGGGAAGGUGGUGCGCCCGCUGCGCAGCGUGGACCCCACCCAGACGGAGUACCAGGGCCUCAUCGAGGUGGCGGAGGAAGGUGGCGCUAAAGGGGGCAACUAUCCGUUUGGCAUCAUGGGCAUGGCCAGCAAGGCGGACUGCCUCCAGAAGGGCGAGCUGGUGAAGUUCCAGCUGUGCACCGUGGUCCAGACGGGCCAGAAGAUGGCCUGCAGCGUGGUCCCCCAGAGGAGGGCCCUGGUGGAGUGUGUGAAAGACCAGUUCGGCUUCAUCACCUACGAGGUGGGGGAGAGCAAGAAGCUGUUCUUCCACGUGAAGGAGGUUCAGGACGGCCUGGAGCUGCAGACCGGGGACGAGGUGGAGUUCUCCGUCGUGCUCAACCAACGGACGGGCAAAUGUAGCGCCUGCAACGUCCGCCGCGUCAGUGAGGGUCCGAAGCCCGUGGUCACCCCCCGCCCUGAGCGGCUGGUGAACCGUCUGAAGAGCAUCACCCUGGACGACGCCAGCGCGCCACGCCUCGUCAUCGUCCGCCAGCCCCGCGGGCCAGACAACUCCAAGGGCUUCAGCGUGGAGCGCAAGACCCGGCAGCCCGGCGUCAUCGACUGAGAUCAGGCCUCGGCCCCGCCCCUGGCCCCGCCCCCUGCCACGCCCCACCCGGCUGUGCGACUAGAUUAAGAAAUGCUCCCCCGCCCCCCCCCCUCUCUUUAUCUGCUUGUAAAAAAUCCAACGCACAAUCCCAUGCUGCCGCGCCUCCACCCGCCUGGUUACUACCCGCCUGGUUACUACCCGCCUGGUUACCCGCUGAUCACCUGCUUGUUACCCGCUACCAGCGGCAGGGGGGUCCUCUCAUUCCACGUCUCUCCCCCCCCUCCCCCCUCCCUCCCCUGUGUGUGAUGUACUGCAGGGUACACAAGAUCUCUCUGACUGUUUGUGCGUGUGUGUGUGUGUGUGUGUGUGUGUGCGCGUGCAGGUGUGCUGUAUCCUACGAUUGGUCGUAUCGAGUAACGGAAGAUAUUUGUGUUUUUGUUCAGUUCUUGGGGGCGUCGCCCAAUCAAAGUGUCCGCCUUGGUUUCGUUUUGUUUAUUUUCCCUCGUUUUUAUUAGAUGUUUUUUUUUUUUGGGCUUUCCCUGGAAUUCUGCACCCGUGUUCUUUCCCCCGGACUUCCAUGUUGUAAGCGUGUGAGUUAUAGCAUGUGCAUCCCUCCCCCCCCCCCCCUUCAGCAUCCUGUGGUCCUGGCCGCGAUUGGCCCGGGCCGUUCUCCCUGGAGACAGGAAACAGGAAGUGGCCUGGCUGUCGGAGGUUUCCCAUCGUCUGCUCUUUCUUUUUUUUUUUCUCCGUCUUGCGUACGCUGGAGCGAGCGAGCCGAUCCCGGUUCUCUCCCUGCGGGCCGCUUUUCUGUUUUCCCUUUUUCGUUUCCGGAAACGU